CCCAACGACAGAGGCCCCGCACUCUGAACAAUUUUGAUUCCUUUAACCCUGUCACUGUCAUCAUCCACUCUUCAGUUAUCGUCCUCAGUCCUUCAAUCCAUUUGAUUAUUCUCUCCCCUUUUAUCUCUUUCCCCUUUAUUAUUCCUCUCCUCCAUUCCCACUGACACAAACUCACUCAUGGGUUCAGUGUCGGGGAUCGUUUGUGUCACCGGGGCAUCCGGCUUCAUUGGUUCAUGGCUUGUCAUGCGACUCCUCGAGCGCGGCUACGCUGUUCGAGCCACCGUGCGAGACCCUGCUAACAUGAAGAAGGUGAAGCAUUUGUUGCAGCUGCCAAAAGCCGACACGCACCUGACUCUGUGGAAGGCCGAUCUCGCCCUCGAGGGAAGUUUCGACGACGCCAUCAAUGGCUGCGCUGCAGUUUUCCAUGUCGCCACCCCUAUGGAUUUCGAAUCCAAGGAUCCUGAGAACGAAGUGAUAAAACCAACUAUCAAUGGUUUACUGGAUAUCAUGAAAGCAUGCCUGAAGUCCAAAACUGUGAGAAGAUUGAUAUUCACAUCCUCUGCCGGGACUGUCAAUGUCAUAGAGCACCAAAAACCUGUGUUCGACGAGACAUGCUGGAGUGAUGUCGAGUACUGUCGCAGAGUAAAGAUGACUGGUUGGAUGUAUUUUGUUUCAAAGACGUUGGCAGAGCAAGAGGCAUGGAAAUUUGCCGAACAGCAUAACAUGGAUUUCAUCACUGUAAUUCCUCCCCUUGUGGUUGGUCCCUUUCUUAUGGAUUCAAUGCCUCCCAGUCUUAUUACUGCUCUUUCCCCCAUCACUGGGAAUGAAGCGCAUUAUUCAAUCAUAAAGCAAGGCCAAUUUGUUCACUUGGAUGAUCUCUGCAUGGGUCACAUAUUCUUGUUAGAGCAUCCUGAAGCAGAAGGAAGAUACAUCUGCUCUUCCCAUGAUGCCACCAUUCAUGACAUUGCAAGAAUGCUUGAUCAAAAAUACCCGGAGUGCAAUGUCCCCAUCAAGUUUGAGAAUAUUCCAGAUGACUUGGAGAUUGUGCACUUUUCUUCCAAGAAGAUUAAAGACUUGGGAUUCCAAUUUAAAUACAGCUUAGAGGACAUGUUCACCGGAGCUGUUGAUGCCUGCAGAGAGAAAGGGCUUCUUCCCAAGUCAACAGAAACUCGUGUUAAUGGCACCACUGAUCAGAAAUGAAAGUAACAAAUGUGCUCGUUUUCGCCAUUGUCUUGGCUCUUGUGUUUAGUUUUUGGUAUUUUAAAUUUUGGAUUGGGAUAUAUGAGUGCUGGAAAUAAGAAUUGGUUGGGAAAUGAUGAAGUUGCCUUUCGGGAGGACAUUUAAUACUCUCGUCUAAAGCUUGGAUUUAUUUUCCAUUAUUCAAUUCAAGUUUGUAUGUUUCGCUCACUCAGUUUUAAUCUAAGGAGGUUUUCUUA